CGACCGCCUUAUAAAUUUCUUUCCUUUUUUAGGUUUCUCCGUCUUGUGUUUCCCUAAUACCAUAGCCCAUCAUUUACUGCUGUGCUCUAACGUUCUUCUAUCCUCCAAUUCUCUCCUCUACCGCCGCUUUCAUCUUGCAGAAGAUUCAAUCAAUCUUUUCUCGCACUUCAGUUGGCAGAGCUAGCUAUAAACACUCGACAGCAGGAAGAAACUUGGGAAGAGAUUGGUGUAAUUUCAUUUCUCAACGCUUUGUAUCGAGAAAGUCAUGGUGAGUCCAUAUGGGCAAAUGGGCAACCAGGAUUUGGGUCCGCCAUGGUUAAAACCAAUGCUUCGAGCGAGCUAUUUCACCCCCUGUUCAAUUCAUGGGGAUUCCAAUAAAAGUGAAUGCAAUAUGUUCUGUUUGGACUGUAUGGGUAAUGCCCUUUGUUCUUAUUGUUUGGUCAAUCACAAAGAUCACCGAGUUGUUCAGAUUAGGCGAUCUUCAUACCAUAACGUGGUGAGGGUUAAUGAAAUACAGAAGUACAUAGAUAUAUCGUGCGUCCAGACUUACAUUAUCAAUAGCGCCAAGAUUGUAUUCCUAAACGAGCGGCCACAGCCAAGGCCUGGAAAGGGCGUCACCAACACUUGCGAGAUUUGUUGCAGGAGCCUCCUCGAUUCCUUCAGAUUCUGUUCUCUCGGAUGCAAGCUGGGAGGCAUGAAACGGGGUGACCCAGACCUCACAUUUACACUGAAAGGGAAGCAGAAUCGGGAUCCGUUCCUGGGUGGGUCUGAAUCUGAUGAGUCCUCUACACCAAAGAAGAUUAGAAAGACGCAUGCUUUCAACCGCCUAAUGGACGGACUUUCAAUUUAUUCAUCCGAUGGACAUAGCUCUGGUGAUGAGGCUACUACCAACAUUUCUCCAUCCACUCCUCCCUUAUACAAUCACCGCAAUGCGAGGAGAAGAAAGGGUAUACCUCAUCGUGCUCCAUUUUGAGAUCAAUUUCACAAAUUUAAGUUUAAACAAACGAAGAAAAAUAGAAUAUAGCGAAGGGGAAACUGAAAAAAAAAAAAAAAAAAAAAAGAAAAAAAGAAAA